AUGAUUCAAGCACUUUGGUUAAUAGGUAGUGAGCCCCAACAGACCGAGUCCUCCCUAAGUUCCGUCAACUCCAGCUCUUACAUCGCACCGAUUAAACUAAAAUCCACCGAUAUUGAAUACUCCGCACGUGGGAAGGAUUUCAGCGGGUACGUUGCGCCUCUCCCACCUCCUUCCUCAAACCAUCAACCUCCUCCACCACCAUAUGAUCAGCACUCCUCUUACUACGGUGCACCGUCAGCUCUAGCAUCAAUGGAUCACAUGGCCUCGUCCCUACUCCGUCAGCAACAUAAUCAACAGCAACAACAACAGCAGAGCCAACAAUCUCAGCCGUUACACAGCCUCCUAGCCCAACUACAUCCCACGUCUUAUAAACCCUAUGGAGAUGUCUCUGCAAUUAACUACUAUGGCUAUCAACAGCGUCCAUACUCCAAGCCAAGCUUCGUGGAGUUAAAGGGCAUAUUGAGGCAUAGAAGGAGCCAAUACCCUAUGGAUGCUUUCACUUGCGGAUACUGUCAGAUGCAUGUAGAAAGUGGCGGCGGCGGUGGUGAAGGAAGGGAAGAGGGGGAAGGGGUUUCGUAUUCGAGGUGUUUUGGAUGUGGAAUGCCAGUGCAUCACUUCUGCAUUCUACGCUACCGAGGAACAGGAGGCAACGCGGUGUCUCGAACCUCGAAUAGUCAGCGUCUCUGUUAUCCUUGGGUUUGUACGGAGUGCAAGUCGUGCUGGAUAUGUGGAAGCGGAGCGAAUGAAGAGUUGAUAAUAUGCUGUUGUGAAUGCGACCGUGGUUACCAUGGCUAUUGUCUAACGGGUUCCUCUCCCGGCUAUCAAUCGACGAGUUUUCCAGAUGACUGGGUCUGUGAAAUCUGUCGUCAGCAAGACGCUUGCCUCGCACCCCAACAAUCGUCUGCAAUACAUUGA